CACAGCUUCCCGACAGACCAAGAUGGCAGCAGCGAUGGAUGUUGACACGCCGAGCGGCAGUAACAGCGGAGCGAGCAAGAAGCGUUUUGAAGUUAAGAAGUGGAAUGCUGUUGCACUGUGGGCCUGGGACAUCGUGGUGGAUAACUGUGCCAUCUGUAGGAACCACAUCAUGGAUCUCUGCAUAGAGUGUCAGGCCAACCAAGCUUCUGCUACAUCUGAAGAGUGCACUGUGGCGUGGGGUGUCUGUAAUCAUGCCUUUCAUUUCCACUGUAUCUCACGUUGGCUGAAAACCAGACAGGUGUGUCCUCUGGACAACAGAGAGUGGGAGUUUCAGAAAUACGGACACUAGCUGUAACUUUGUUGUCUUGUUCCUGGACUUCUGCGAGCGCCAGCCUCUCCACUUCUGUAUUCCUCCUCCGCUGUAACUAGGUGUUAUUUCACACACAUUUUGUUUUGGUAUGUUGUGAGUACUUAAAUAAACAGUAAUGUUAUCAGUC